GCUGUUGUAACUGCACUCAUGCAUCUGCCUGUCUUUCAGCCAUCUACCCUGACGUCUGAGUAUUACGUCUUAUAUUACUAUGUCAAACCGUACACAAGGUAUGGGCCAUAUUUAAUAGGGAUCUUGGCUGGAAUAUAUUUGACAACAAAGAAAGACCCACUGUUAAAACAUAAGUGGCAGGCAGCACUUGGUUGGAUCUUAUGUAUGUCAGUCAUGGCUGCGGUGAUUGGAUUGUCUUACGUCCUCAAGGAGACCCCAGCCUCGCCCUCUGUGCCCCACGCCCUCUACCAGGGUCUGCACAGGCCACUCUGGGCUCUGGCUGUGACCUGGAUCAUACUAACCUGUGAGGAUGGGUAUGGAGGUUUGAUCAAAAGCCUCUUGUCCCUGGGUUUCUGGGUUCCUCUUUCCAACCUUAGUUUUGCCUGCUAUCUGACACAUCCCAUCUUCAUAAUCCUUUACAUUGGCCUGCAAGAGACCCCAAUCCACUACACAGACAUAAACUUUAUGUACCUGUUCUUUGGACACCUGGUGCUCACGCUGGUGUUCAGCUAUGUGUUUACCCUGCUGGUUGAGAAGCCAUACCUCCUCCUAAAAUGGAGAGGUACAUAA